AUGUCGCAGCGGCAUUCAUGCGUGACAUUUCGUCAUGUGAUCGGGAAGGCAGCGGUUAAGGGGCGGUGCUAUCACGGGCUGCAAAUCACACGCAGUGUCCAGGACAACCAGUUCUGUGCUGUGAACCCUCGCUACAUCGCCGUGGUGACCGAGUGUACAGGGGGUGGGGCCUUCAUUGUCAUCUCUAUUCAUCAUACAGGGCGUGUGAGUCCUCUCCACCCAUGUGUGUGUGGUCACAGUGCUCGUGUGUUGGAUGUGAAGUGGGACCCAUUUAAUGACCAGCGCAUUGCGUCCUGUUCCGAAGACUGUACGGUGAAAGUGUGGCAGAUUCCUCCCGAUGGACUGAAAGAGAAUCUGUUGUUGCCCAGUAAAGAUCUGAUUGCUCACAAAUGCAGAGUAUCAAUCAUUGAGUGGCAUCCAACCGCCAAAGACCUGCUGAUAAGCUCUGCCUAUGACUACAAAGUGUUGGUGUGGCGUUUAGACACUGCUGGCGUUGUUGUGGAGAUGCCGGUGUGUGAGAUAAACACACACUCUGAUCUGGUGGUGUGUUUGAGCAUCAGUGCAGAUGGCAGUGUGUUCGCCACAGUCAGCAAAGACAAGAAGAUCAGAGUCAUCGAGCCGCGCACCGGACGAGUGCUGCAGGAGUUUGGCCACUCAUCUCAUAAAGCAUGUAAGAUUGUGUUCCUGUGGAAUCUCAACAUGAUGUUGACCACAGGAAACUCAUCCUGGAACAAGAGACAGUUUGCUCUGUGGGACCUGGAGGAUUUGUCUGAGCCGUUAAUAGAGGAGGAUUUGGAUGGAGGGUCAGGGGUCAUUUUCCCUUUUUAUGACCCUGACACACAUAUGCUGUAUCUGGCUGGAAAGGGUGAUGGCAACAUUCGUUAUUAUGAAGUCAGUGCGGUGAAACCGUACAUUCACUUCCUCGCCGAAUAUCACUCUCCUUUCCCUCAGAGAGGAAUGGGUGUAAUGCCCAAGCGUGGACUGAACUUCAGUGUGUGUGAGGUGUUCAGAUUCUACAGGCUGCUGGCCGUCAGAGAUCUGCUGGAACCUGUCAGCUUCUAUGUGCCACGGAAGCAGUCUGGGUGUUUUCAUGAGGAUAUUUAUCCACUGACAGCGGCCAAUGAAGCGGCCAUGAGCGCACAGGAGUGGCUGAUGGGACACAAUAAAGGUCCGGUGCUGAUGUCUCUGAGACCUGCAGCUCGACCGCUCGAACCCUGCACAACUGAAACACUCAGCAGCCUUCAGACCAACACACUGACCAAUCAGGACACAGAAUGCCCCUCUGACAUCAUCAUGGACCUGCACGAUUGGACAGAAGACGACACCCAGAGCCUGGACUGGAGUUCUGCGCACACACGGUCAGAUCUAAACUGGACUAAAGCCGUGUUUUAUCUCCCCGCGGGACCAGAGAGAGAGGUCAGACUCAAACAUCUCUCAUCCAAUGACUGUGUCCGACACAUCUGAAUUCAGCAUCACAUCCUGUAACCAUAACAAAAGUGACGUCUGAUGGAACGGUUGAGACAACUGCUGCAGGUGAUGUUUCAUCAGCAGGAGGAAAUUAAAGAUCUGCAGGAGAAACUCCAACAGCGAGACGAGAAAAUACAACAACUGGAGAGAGAGCUGAAGAACAUGACGACAGCCAAUCACAGCACAGAUGCUGUGACGAGCACUGCAGCCAAUCAGAAAAGAGAUUAUUAGAACGGAUGAGCAGUAGGGCUCAUGUGGAUUAAUACAGUGAACUGUUAGUUAAAGGGAAAGUUCAUCUAGAAAUGAGAAUUCUGUUAUCAUUUACUCAUGACAUUAUAAUCCGAAAAGAAAAAUAUCAAAACAGUGGACUUAAUUCCUUCACAAGUCUUCAAUGAACAGACCUAAAUGUAAGUCGUCAUUCACUGAUGAAACACAAAUCUUAUACUCCAUCCCACAAAUUCAAACUGGCAAUGUGUUCGUUCAGGCCACGUCCACAAAAAAAAAAAAAACGCAUCUUUUUCUCUACGUUUUGUCCUUCCGUCCACACUGAGACGGUGAAAACGCUCUCC